AGCAGCCCUCCUUGUCCAUCCCAGCAUUUACUCGAAUUUUCCUAAGAAAGAUUAUUCUUGUGGACGUGUGUUAUGUAUUAUUAGUAUUAGAGGCCAAGUCUUAUCAUCUUGUUAAAAUGAUUGCUUGAAAUCUUCAACUUCGAUGUAUAAAUUAUAAUUCCCCCCUCAAAUCGUCGCCAUUCAGAAUUCACAGUUGCAGAUAUCUAGCAACCAUGUCCAAAACCACAAUUCAGGUUAAAUCACAGCCGUUUAUCAGAGACAAAUUUUCUAUAUUUUUCCGAGCAACAGUGUUGGUUGCUCUUUUCAUGGUUUUAGCUCUCUGCUCAUUCUAUACUAAGCCAUGGCCUAAAUUCUCCACUCCGAGUUCAUUAAUUGGCUCUAAAUCAGAGGCUGAUAACACAUGUCACGACCCGAUUGACGCAACGUUCUACGAUGAUCCGAAACUGAGCUAUUCCAUCGACACACCAAUGGAGAAUUGGGACGAGAAGAGACAGGAGUGGCUGAAGCAUCAUCCCUCGUUUGCCGCCGGAGCAGGGGAACGGGUUCUCCUAUUGACGGGAUCACAGCCGUCCAAUUGUAAGAACCCGAUUGGUGAUCAUUUCUUGCUUAGGUUCUUCAAAAACAAGGUUGACUACUGCCGAAUCCACGGCUACGAUGUCUUCUAUAACAACGCCUUCAUGCACCCGAAAAUGCCCUCGUAUUGGGCCAAAAUACCCAUUGUCCGGGCCACAAUGUUGGCCCACCCGGAGGUUGAAUGGAUUUGGUGGGUCGAUUCGGAUGCGGUGAUCACUGACAUGGACUUUAAGCUGCCGUUGGAGAGGUACAAAGCCCACAACCUUGUGGUGGAAGGGUGGCCCGACUUGAUUUACAAGUACCGGAGUUGGAUUGGGGUUAAUGCUGGGGUGUUUUUGAUCCGAAAUUGCCAGUGGUCCAUGGACUUUAUGGAAGCAUGGGCUAGUAUGGGCCCACAAACGCCAAACUACAAAAAGUGGGGCCAAAUUUUGAAAUCAACGCUGAAGGAUAAGACCUAUCCUGAGUCGGAUGAUCAAUCGGCUCUAAUUUACUUGAUCUUGAAAAAGAAGGAUAGGUGGGCGAACAAGAUUUACAUUGAGAAUGAAUAUUGCUUUCAAGGGUACUGGGAGAGCAUAGUGGGAACAUUUGAUAAUGUCACCAAUAAGGACAUGGAAUUAGAAAAGAAAGUCCAUGGGUUAAGGAGGAGACACGCUGAGAAGGUGAGAGAGAGUUAUGGAGAGAUGAGAGAAGAUCAUCUCAAGAUCAAUGGAUACGGGAAGGGUAGUGGGAGGCGGCCGUUUAUCACGCACUUCACCGGGUGUCAGCCGUGUAGUGGCAACCACAACCCUAUGUACGCCGGUGAUUCUUGCUGGAAAGGAAUAGAGAGGGCAUUAAAUUUCGCGGAUAAUCAAGUACUUCGUAAUUUUGGUUUUGUGCAUCCGAACUUGCUGGAUUCUUCUUCUGUGUCGCCUUUGCCAUUUGAUUUCCCUUCACGAGGGAUAGAUCAUUACAAAUCUGAGUGAUGUUAUAAAAAUUGUAUUUGAUAGGGUUUUAGAAUUAUUAUUUGAGAAUAGAUUUGUAUUUUAAGUUUGUGUAUUUUAUAAUUAUAAUUUGAGUGUGAAAAAUUUGUUUGAUUAUGAA